AUGGCUACUUUGGAUACAGAAAUCCACAUAACCGAGCUCCCGAUCGAAGUGUUGGAGCACAUUUUCUCUUACCUCCGGCUGGCAGACCGCAAGUCAGUCUCCCUAGUGUGCCAACUCUGGAACGAACUGAUCUUCUCGCGUCGAUUCAUGCGCAACGUAGCCCUGAACAUCGUCAUGGAUUGGGAACACUCGCAGAUCUCCGUUCUGAAGAGAAGCACUCGCCUCUACCGAAAUGUUUUUGCAUUCUUCGGGCCAGAAACGUGCUGCGAGUUUGAUUUCACUGUAAUCAUCGAAGUGCUGGAUUUAUUUGGUGCAACCUUGGAAAGCUUCCAUUGCAUGACCAACUUUACCAUCGAUCAACUCUGGAACGUUGUCACUCGAGCCCCAAAUCUUCGGCAGCUGAUAGUGGGAGUGGACGCCGCGAGCCUGAAUCUGGAUCUACCUGAUUUCCCAGUGCUGCAGCAUCUGAGUGACAUGGGCUCGCUGAUCAACGUGCUACGGAUCGUAAAGCUGGCCGUUCCAAACUUGAAGCAACUUAGUGCAAAUUUCAUCAAACCGGAUGAUGCACAUGAAUCACUCCCGUUUCUACGUCAAGUCGCUCCACGGUUGAAGAACUUGGAACUAUUUUCAACGGAAUAUUUCAUCCCGAUCAACGAGCUCCGAUUUCCCGAGGUGGAAGUACUGAAAUUAUGCGGACGAAUCUGCAAUGCGAGCGAUGGUGUGCUGAAGCAAUUUUUCCUCGGGUUCAAGUGUUUGACAGAAGUCUAUCUGGACUUCAGCGUCAAGGGACCAGUGCUUGAUGUUAUCACCAAGGAUUGUCCGGAAAUUGUAAAAUUACACUUCAAGACGUAUUUGUUGGAUUCAGAGUCGUUCCGUUUAUUGGAGCGUCUGAAGCGCUUGAAGACCUUAAGCCUUGCCGGUAGCAUUGACUUCCGAACCACAUCGGAAUGCAAGCCCUUGGCCUUGAGACACCUGGACCAGCUGGAGGAACUAACUCUCAAGUGCAUUCACACGCCGGUGGCGUUUAUGUUGUCCAACAAAAGCCUGAGGCGGUUGAAGAUCAAGUACUUCCACAACCUAACGGAUGCAGAUUUGUACAAGCUGUCGCAGAUGUAUCCAAAUUUGAAAUAUCUGGAGGUGGUAUGGUGUCGGAAGAUAACGCAGUCGGGAAUAGCAAAGUUCCAAUCGCAACUGACGGACUGUGUGGUGCAUCACUCGAAAUUGUAG